ACUCUUCAAUUCGAUCAAUCCGUUUUUCGUUUUGUUUCAUAUUAAAAUAAAUAAUUCCUUAUAUUUUACAGUUUAUUUAUUAAAAAAAUACAAAUUUUAGUUACAAAAACUAUAAUAAAGUAUUCGUCGUCAAUUUAGCACACAUAUAAAUAAGCAAAAUGAGUUCAGGUGGAACACGUGUGUAUGUCGGUGGGCUCGUAGAGGGCAUAAAGAAAGAAGAUCUCGAAAGAGAAUUUGACAAAUACGGAAAACUGAAUUCCGUUUGGGUAGCACUCAAUCCCCCCGGAUUUGCGUUCAUAGAAUUUGAAAACAUGCAGGAAGCAGAAGAUGCGUGUAGCGCGAUGAAUGGUUUUGAAAUGUUAGGCGCGACACUUAAAGUAGAAUUAUCGAGGAAACGUGACGGUCCGCGUCGGGGUGGAAACUUCAGAGGAGGCCGAGGUGGUAAUUUCAGGGGGGGACGCUCAUUCGGCCCACCCGGAGGUAACAACAGAUCCUACAACUCUUUCAAUGGCAGUGGUGGCGGCGGCGGCAGGCCUUUCAACCGCAACGGAGGCCAGUCAUACAACAAGUAUUCCUCUGGUGGCAAUAAUAUGAGGUCUAGGUCGCCCCUAUAGAGCACAUCUAAUUUAAUUUUAGCUUAUAGUUAGGUUUAGUGUUAAUAUUAUCUGAAGCCUUCCAAGUGUUAAUCAAUGUCUGUCUUUACGGGGGGGGUUUAAUGCUCGGAAGAAUUCCAUUGACAUCAUUGACCUAAGGAAUUAGAGGUAAUAUGCACUUAUUUUCCUUUUUGUAUUUGUAAAGAAGUUUCAGUAUUAAUGAUGGUAUGUACUUUCAAUAUCAUAAUAUUGGUAUCAUACAUCUCAUUUGACACAUGACAAAUGUUAAAUAUCCAUUUUUAAUGCCUAAAAUUCUUUACAAAUUUUAAUAUUGUAUGUUUUGUUUUGUAUCUCGCUCGCUUAUCUAGUUUCCUGCUCAUUUCAUGUAUACUAAAAAAAAAUUAUAGAAAUAAAGGAUGUCUUUAAAUUUAACAUAUUAGUCAAUGGUAAAUAAUAUUAACAUUAAAGAAGUAUUAACCAAAUGGUUUCAUGGUAUAUGACAAUCCUAGCGAUCCACCCUGGCCUCGCACGGUUGAUUUCUGGACCUCGACUAUAACGCUACCUACCGGGUCCAAUUGUUAAUCUAACUUCUAAGCCAUUCUCUAAUCAACCUAAUCACACAAAAUUUCAUCAAAAUCACUAGUGUUUAGGAGUUCAGUCAUGUUCACACGGACAGAAGAAUUAUAUAAUAUAUAAACCUUCCUCUUGAAUCAUUCUGUCUAUUGAUGAAAACCUCAUCAGUAUCCAUUGUGUAGUCUAAAAGAUUUAAGCAUACAGAAGGCGGGAAGUGUCUUUGUUAUACCAUGUAGAUUCAAAAGAAAAGAAGUUGACAACUUAGAGAAAGCUUAUCACUGUGCUAUUUAAUAUAAAUAUUGAUAAACUUUGUGACCCAUAACAGUUUCACUUUGAUAAAUCGCUUGCAAUGAAAAUAAUAAUCAAAACCCAAUAAGAAACUGACUUAGAAAUUGCAUAGCAUUUUAAAAUAAGGUCCUUACAAUUCAAUGACUCAACAUUUACCCACGACCUAUGCUAUGAUUUAAAAAAUUUCAUGCAACAUUAUAGGUAAAUUUUUUGCAAAUUAAAUUGUUAAUGAAUUUUACCUACUACCUAUUUAACAUGUAAUUUUCAGUCUUUUGUAGUAGUUUCAACAGAGUACAAACUUUCAACUCUUAAUUGUCAACAUACCAUGCAUUUGAACCAAAGGUUUUCUUUAUUCUUACCAUUGGAUGGGAUUUUAGUUCUUCUUUGAUUUAUGUAAAAAAGCUUUAUUUGGACUGUUAAAUUAACAUGAAAUGAGAGGAAUUAAUUAAUGAUAAUUAUGAUUAAACAUUAGUUAUAAGGAGUUUAGGUAAAUAAGCAAUGUAUGCUUUUUAUUAUAUACUGCCACUUGCAAAAUACUAAAAGUAGAAAUAAGCAUAAAUAUUAUCUUGUUUAGACUGCUUUACCACAGAAAUUAAAGUAAAUUAGUUUUAAAGAAUAGUCUGAAAUGCAAAAACUUGUUCACUUGUAGAUGAUUUUAAGACCGUCUGUGUGCUGUGUGAAGAAUUGUAAGGCUCGAGUUGUCUGUUCAUGACAUAUAAUAUUAUGGUCUUCUUAUCAUUUAACAAAACCAAACAAUUGUAGUUGUUUAUUUUUUCACAGCAUUGCAAUUAGUAUUUUUCCCCUUAAAGCAAAUCAUUUGAGAUUAUUUCUCAGAUUAAGUGUAUACUUGUUCUUUUUAAUUUUUAACAGUUUUAUAUACUUAAGAAAUAAGUUUAACCCUAGAAGCCCAAUCAUAUUUAACUAGCUAUAAAGCCCAAUCAUACGUAAAAAUGAUGUGUAAAAAUAAAACUUCAGAGUUUUCCUAUUAUACAAUUAUGGCACUUUAAUCAAAUCUUAGAAAAAAAUCAACAAAAAAAAUCACACCUCUUAACACUUUUUAUUAAAUUAAUGUAAUUAUAAAAAAAAUCAACUAGUUUUAAAUUUUUUCAUAAAAUUAAAUCAACUUGUAAUAAUACUUUAUAAGUCUCUUAGAAAAAAACAGUCUUUAUAUACAGUCUUGACAAACAUCAAUAUUGUGUUCUUAUUGGUGUGGGCUCAUUGGUUUUUCUUGUUUAUUUAUCUUAUUGUGACAGUAUAUUAUGUUGGAGUUCACAAACGCCAUAUUCAACAUCCCUUAAAAGACUGCCAUCGGCCACCUAUUUAGUCUUCCUGUUAGCAGACAUAGACUUACACAUCUGAUCAAAGGAAUCAACGCCACCUUUUGUUUGAUUGUAAAACAAUAUCAUGUCCGGUUUUCCGUUACUUUCAUUGAUAACGGCAUUUUCAUCACAAGAAGACAAUAAAAAUACCAUUUUCGACGGCUUUGGUUUAUAGGAAACCAAGGUCAAAGGGCCAUCAAAGCAAAACAUUGAGGAUCCUACCGGCCGUGAGCGAGAAUUCUUGACCUCUUCAGGUAUUUCUCUUUUGUUAGACCUGAUGGUUCCUACUGUUAUUAGGUUGUAUGGAGCCUAGAGCAUGUUCUUGGCUAAUGGGAUAGACGUGAACCAGUUGUUGCAGGUAACAUUUCUAUUUGUGCUGUGUACCGUUUUAGUCAGCUCUUUUACAUAAAACUCACCCAGUGGUAAACCAUUUGUUUUCGUACUUUUAGGUAUGGCAUCUAUCAUGUACUUUGUGGCAGCGUCACACAUCAUGGGGAAUUUUAUGCCAUAUUUAUCAGGUUUAUUAGGAAUAUAUAUCCGGAUUGGACAACGGCCGCGAAAACCCAACAGUCCCUCAUCUACAGUCAAGUUACUGCCAGGAACGUAGUUUUGUCUGCAUUGAUUGAUAAAAAUCUCUCAUAUUUUUCUCACCGGUAAAAGAGCAUCAUCGCUACGAAGAGUUGGUCGCAGAGUUUUAUCGUCCAUUCUCAAACAUCUUAUUAGGAAUUCAAAUCUCUCUUGGCUCAUUACUGAUACAUACCUGGUGCCAGAGAAUAUAGCGUCAAAUAACUCAUCAUUUGAGAGGUGGUAUCUUUCAUAGCAGCCGUCAGAGUGGGAAUUCCGACUAACGCCCAGAUCUCCAUUGUAUUGGUAUCCCUGUAGCUUGAAAUGUUUUUCAAAUUUUGUCGAUCUCUACGUUUGUCCACUUUACUAUUUCAUGAAUUAUCUCGUCUGUUAUAAAAAGUUGAAAACAAAGCAAUGGGUCAACAAUAUUGCGACACAUUCGCGUUGGUCCCCUAUUUGUGCGUAUAAUAUUGAUAGCAGAAGUCCUUCCCGUAGUACGUCCCUUUGUAGUUGACCAUACAUGGUUGUUUUUCCACGUAUUGACCGCUGAGGCAAACUAAUUAUUCUGUGUGAAGUCAAUGAAGUUACCUCAAGAUUAGGCGAUUCCCGAGAAACUAUUGUUAUCGAGGUCCUCUUGCCUGCUUGUAUCUUCAACGAAGUCGACCAUGGCGUCCUCGUUAUCACUCCAGACAUCAUCUUCAACUACACGAUCUUCUUCCUCGCAGUCCGAAUCCAGCGGAGAAUAAUCGUCAUCAUUUUCUAAAAUUGUAGCCAUUUCGUCCUGGUUUAGCCAUUGACGGGACUCCAUUUUGUAUUCAACCUGAAAAUAUUAAUAUUAUAUGAAAAAUGUAACGAAACAAUACGAUUAACUCAAAUAAAUCACAAAAAUUUAGAAACAAUUUCAAAAGUUACACAAAGCCCAAUUAUAUACGUCAAAAUGACGUGCAACCUCUCUAUUACAACAAAAUGGCGGCACUUACCGAGAUAACGCAACUGUGUCCUGCGAGGUCUCAAUGGCUACUGAGUUGGUUCAGAAGUUAGCGGCGAUCCGACGGUAAACGUGAAAGAGACAGAGAUAUUUCGCCGCGGUAUACGUCAAAUUUACGUAGAUUGGGCUUCUAGGGUUAAUACAUUAAUUUUAUGCAUAUAAAUAUAACUUUAUUAAACAUUUAUCAAUACCAUACAAAUGAAGAAAAUUUGUUAUUUCCUCUUUUAUUUUAGUUUAGCUGACUAAUGGCUCAUUCAAUUGAAAUUAAUAAAUGGGGGUAAUUUCAUAAUAUUUUAAUAGAUUUAGUUUCUCAUAGGUUUUAAGUAUAAACAUCUAUGUUAAACAAUUGAAAUGUUCAUAUAUAAAUCACAGGACGGGGAAAGGGUUAAAGUUCUUAAUUGGUAAUACUUAUUUUUCUUAUACUAUAUCCAUUACCAAAUAUUCUAAAUUGGUAGAAAAUUUACUGAAUGAAAGAUAAAUGGAGACACAGUUUGUAUGAGGUUACACCCUGUCAUUUACUCACACAACUGCAGAACAAUACAUUCACCCCAAAAUUUCAACAACAAGACCGACCAUACACAUAUAAAAAAUAGUUUACAUAUUGAGACCCCAGAUAUGUAAUGCACAUAAUUGCUUCACCUAUACAAAACCUACAAAUUGUAAAAUAAAUAAUAAUAUAUUUAUAAUAAUACACAGCCAGUCUGCUUUAGUAGUGAUGUGUAUCUGCUAGAGAGUAUUCUUGAUUAGUUUACUUGUACCAUUUUUAAAUAAUCAUUAAAUUUUAGUUACAAAAUUUAAGGCAUGACAUUAAACGAUAAUUGAACAGAAAUAAAAGAAAUAUAUAGCUUUUCAUCAAAAUUUAUUUUAAUAUGAAUUAGAAAGUAUUUUGCAUUAAGAGUUUUAUGUCACAUAACAUCUUAAAAUUCUGGAGAAGUGUGAAUUGAUGAAAAUUCAUUAUCCUUGGAAUAAGCUGGAACCAUCUAACUCUAUUGUCUGUGUCUACAUUAGUAUUUUUUUUUUUUCGAAAAUUUCAAUACCCUCUUUUAAAGAAAUUUAACUUCCUUAAUUUUUCAGAAGUUGGCAGUUUAUAUUGGUAACAAGUGUUGCGCUACGAUAAAAGCGUGUAAUCUUUCGUUAUACAGACAAACAGAAGUGUUUUAAACUCACUAUUUUUAUUCACUGAUGUAACAAUGCAGUGUGGUUAUAUUGAUCAGAGCAGGACUAUUUUAUUCAUUGUAUAUAUAUAUAUAUAUACUAUUGUCGAACUGUAUUGAUGAAUACAGUACUGUUAAUUUCUUUAUAUAUAGAUACUAUUUAGACCUUACAAAAGUUCUUGUAUUUAUUUUUAUGAAUAAGACCAUAAUAUUAUUGUCAUAGUAUAAUAAGUUAAAAGAGAAUGUUUUAGGUUAGGAUACUAAAAAAAUUUUUCUAUAAGAAUAGUUUUUUGUGUUGGUCUUUUGCAAUAAUUACUAAUCACCAUGUGAAUUUACAAAUUGUUCAUCAUCAUCAUAUUGCGAUAAAAUGUUUUUAAAGUAGUUUGAUUAUAUGAUUUUAUUUUCAGUUCCUUGGAUUUUCUGAUCUCGAGUCUGCACUGACGUUGAGACAUAGAUAAGCAAGAACAAUCUUCAAUGAAUAAUUAAACAUUUUACCUAAGCACCUACAAAUUAAGACUUCUACAUAUUAUAAUAAAUGAAAGAUAUGAUUCUU